AUGGCUUAUUUGUUUGAAUAUGAUUCAACACAUGAACAUUUCAAUGGUGAAGUUUCAUUUAAAGAUAAAAAACUUAUUGUUAAUGGUCAAGAAAUCAGUGUUUUCAAUGAAGAAGAACCAUCAAAAAUUCCAUGGAACCAACUCGAUGUUGAAUAUGUUAUUGAAUCAACUGGUUUAUUUACAACAAUUGAUAAAUGUCAAUCACAUUUACAAGCUGGUGUUAAAAAAGUUCUAAUAGCAGAAUCAUCAGCUGAUGCUCCAAUGUUUGUUAUGGGUGUUAAUGAACAUACAUAUACAGAAAAUGAAACAAUUCUUUCAAAUGCAUCAUCUACGACAAAUUGUUUAGCAUCACUUGUUAAAGUUAUUCAUGAAAAAUUUGAUAUUAUUGAAGGUUUAAUGACAACUGUACAUUCGUACACUGCUAUGCAAAAAACUGUUGAUGGUCCAUCAAAGACUGUAUUUAAUUAA